CCCCGGAAAUCUAGUGUCAUCGGGCCUCGGAGGCGUAGGAAGUGCUUCCUGGAGCACGGCAGAGGUCACAAAUCAUGUGACGACGGCUUUUGGAGGAGACUGUUUUUGAAGCUGUCCCUGAAUUUGCAGCUGAGAGAACACGGCAACCCAGCAAACCAGGAGUGGAGAUUGAUCCUGCGGGAGAAAGGGGUUCAUCAUGGCGGAUGACCUGAAGCGAUUCCUGUAUAAAAAAUUACCAAGUGUUGAAGGGCUCCAUGCUAUUGUUGUGUCAGAUAGAGAUGGAGUGCCUGUUAUUAAAGUGGCCAAUGAUAAUGCUCCAGAACAUGCUUUGAGACCUGGUUUCUUAUCUACUUUUGCCCUGGCAACAGAUCAAGGGAGCAAACUUGGACUUUCAAAAAAUAAAAGUAUCAUCUGUUACUAUAACACCUACCAGGACUCAUUGUCAGCCUAGAAAAGGAACUUGCUCCAUUAUUCGAAGAAUUGAGACAAGUUGUGGAAGUUUCUUAAUCUGGCAGUGGUUUUGAUGUACACCUGAUUUUCAUUAUAACAGACACAGUAUCAAUCCAGCAAUCUUUAGACACAACAAUACUUAUAUCCAUAUACUCAAGAAAGGGCCCCUUUCCCACCUUCUUCCACUAAAGAAAGAGCCUAUAGAUACAAUUUAUGGACAGAUUGAUUGUUAUCUUUUCUUGUGUAGGGUCUUAAUUUAGUGAGAUCUGGGGAUAGCACAGAAAUGGUUCAAUACAUCACAGCUCCCAUGGAGUUAGUCCAGUCACCAGAUAUGCAUGAGAUUCUAUUCAUUGGGUCAGAAUCAAAAUGGUACUUUGAUCCACUGGAGCCAUUAAGUGCUCCCUAUUGUAUAAUAUGCCCAGGCCUGCAGAAUGAAGCAGACCCUUUUUAUUGUGAAUAAUAAUGAGGACAUAUUUUUCUUUAUAUUGUUUUAUUUCUUUGCAUUGAGUGUGAGGAAGAUAAAAUGGCUUAGUAAAAGUAAUAAAAUCCGUACAAUCA